GCGGGGGAGGCGGCAGCCGCCGGCGCCUUUCGCCGCUCGCUGCCUCGGCGCUGCCAUGGCUCUGCUCCGCUGCGGCCCGGCCUGGUGGCGUCUCCUCUCCUUGGCGGCGCUCGGCCCCGUCCUCUGCGGCGCGCCGGGCCGGGCCGAGCCGCAGCCGGCGCCGGGCCCGGCCGCGGAGCCGGAGGCGGACCCGCACGGGCGGCACCUCUACAGCGCGGAGAUGCUGCGGCACGGCGCCGCCGCCGCCCCCCACUUCGUCAUGUUCUUCGCCCCGUGGUGUGGACAUUGUCAGCGUCUGCAACCUACCUGGAAUGAUUUAGGAGAUAAAUACAACAGUAUGGAAAACCCACAGGUCUACGUUGUUAAAGUGGAUUGUACUGUAGAUAUUCCGUUGUGCUCUGAAUUUGGUGUUCGAGGAUACCCAACCCUGAAACUGCUUAAACCAGGACAAGAACCUCUGAAAUACCAAGGUCCUAGAGACUUCCAGGCAUUGGAAAACUGGAUGUUGGAGAAACUAAAUGAGGAACCAGCUGAUCUAGAAUCUGAUGUGAAGCCACCAAAAGCACCUGAGCCCAAGCAGGGACUGUAUGAACUCUCAGCAGACAAUUUCAAGAUGCACAUAGCAGAAGGUAAUCACUUUAUCAAAUUCUUUGCCCCUUGGUGUGGUCAUUGCAAGGCUUUGGCCCCAACAUGGGAACAGCUGGCUCUUGCAUUUGAACAUUCGGAAACUGUCAAGAUUGGCAAGGUUGAUUGUACCCAGCAUUAUGAAGUCUGCUCUGAAAACCAAGUUCGUGGCUAUCCCACUCUCCUCUGGUUUAGGGAUGGUGAAAAGGGUGACCAGUACAAAGGAAAGAGGGACUUCGAUUCCUUAAAGGAAUAUGUGGAUUCCCAACUACAGAGCUCUCAGAAAGAGCCACCAGCCGAUAAACCCACUGAAGCUCCACAGCCACCUGCAGAAUCUGCGCGGGCUGAGGCUUCAGUGCUCUCCCUCUCUGAAAAAGACUUUGAUGAAACGAUUGCUAAAGGGAUCACUUUUAUUAAAUUCUAUGCUCCAUGGUGUGGCCACUGUAAGAACUUGGCUCCAACUUGGGAGAACCUUGCCAAGGAGCAAUUUCCAGGUUUGACUGAUGUGAAAAUAGCAAAAGUAGACUGCACUGUGGAACGUAACGUCUGCAGUAGAUUUUCUGUACGUGGUUAUCCUACGCUUCUGCUUUUCCGAGGUGGAAAGAAAGUCAGUGAACAUAAUGGAACAAGAGAUCUGGAAGCACUGCAUAGCUUUGUCUUGCGUCAGGCAAGGGAUGAAUUGUAAUAAAAGUCUGGAUGCUCCAUCCCUGGCUGUCUUGUUAAGGGAUUAGUGGAGGGAUUUUAAAUCUUUGCCGAUUUUCAAAUAGUGUAUGGGAGUAUUGGGGCAUUUUUUUUUCUUUUUGAAGGGGGAAAUUGAAUAUAUUAAACAUUGGUAUCUUCCCUGUGUGUGUGUGUUAAA